AUGAACGGUUCCAUUAUUCCUCAAGAUUUGGGACAACUCUCUCAGCUAGUCGACCUAGAUCUGUCUCGGAAUUCAUGGAAAGGAAUUCUAACGGAAGCGCAUCUCAUGAACCUCAGGAGAUUGGAGACAUUUCAAAUAAGCACAGACAGACCUGCUUUGUCAUCAUCCCUCAUUUUCAAUGUGACUGAUGACUGGGUUCCCGCAUUCAACCUCCGCGAAGUUUACAUUCAAAACUGCAGAUUGGGUCCUGCGUUUCCGAUAUCGUCACAGGUUAAAUCCUUGCGUUUACUUAACAAUGACAUUGGCGGAAAACUUCCAUUCCAAUUCAAGUUUCCGAAUAUAACUGUCAUAGAUUUGCAUCAUAGUCAAUUUGAAGGCACACUCCAGCAGCUUUUGGCCACUAAUGUGCCUCUGUUAGAAGAGUUGGAUCUUUCUGAUAAUCAUUUGGAAGGAACUAUUCCACCUUCAAUUUGCCAAUUGCAACAUAUGAGAUUUCUCUCUCUAAGAAACAAUCAGUUUUCUGGAGAGUUCCCUCAAGAUUGGAGUCUGUGGAGUGAAAUAGAGGUCGUAGAUGUCUCAAACAACAAUCUCUCUGGUAAAAUUCCAAAUUCAAUGGGCAUCCCAAGUUCUCUUGAAGUUUUGAAGAUGAACAACAAUCUUUUUGGGGGAGAAAUUCCUUCUUCCUUGCGAAAUUGCUCUGGUUUGAUUGAUAUUGACUUUAGUGACAACAAAUUCACUGGAAUCCUCCCUAUAUGGAUGGGGUUUAAGCUAUCUAAAUUGCAAGUUCUACGAUUGCGAUUCAACUUUUUAGGCGGAAAUAUUCCCCAACAGUUGUGCAAUCUUCAAUACCUUCAGAUCUUAGACCUCGGCCAUAACAACAUUUCAGGGACUAUUCCCACGUGUUUGAGUAAUUUGACUGUUCUACGCACCAAUGAAAACUCUUGGAACGUGUAUGGUGGUUAUGACGAGUUAACAACAGUUAUCAUGAAAGGAAGUGAACUUGAAUACAGCCUUGAUCAUGCAUUAUAUUUAGUAAUGAGCAUUGAUUUUUCGUCUAAUAAUUUAGAAGGUGAAAUCCCUGAAGAUGUGAGCUCUCUCAUUGGAUUGAUUUCCUUGAACUUGUCGAGGAACCAUUUAAUUGGAAAGAUACCAUGGAAGUUCAGCAACUUAAGCAACUUGGAAACGCUUGAUCUCUCACACAACCACCUUUCAGGAGAGAUUCCCCAAAGCUUUUCUUCUUUGACCUCAUUGUCUCACUUUAACUUGUCUUAUAAUAACCUUUCUGGAAGAAUUCCUUCAGGGUACCAACUUCAAACAUUGGAUAAUUCAUCCUACACGGGGAAUCCAUCACUCUGUGGUUUUCCUCUUUCAACCAAGUGCCCGGGAGAUGACACCCAAACAAAUCAAACUUUUCCAGGAGGAGACAGUGAAGAUGAAGAUGAUAAUGGAAAGCUUGGUUUCUAUAUCAGCAUGGUCCUCGGGUUUGUCAUAGGCUUCUGGGGUGUUUUUGGCACAUUACUCAUAAAGAAGUCAUGGAGGUAUGCCUAUUUUCAAUUCUUUGACAACAUCAAAGAUAAAAUAGCACUGGCAAUUGCUUUAAAAGUAAAUUAUUUGCAGAGAAGAUUCUAA